CCGCCGGGCGAAGGGAGGACACUGGGGAAGGCCGGGGACUAAACAGCAGCGUAGCUCGCUCACCUGAGGCCUGGGAAGGUCCCAUGAGUUUUGCAAACGCUGAGCUCCAUCAGCAAAGGCAUCGUUUUAGAAAGUAGUGUCUUUUGAUUUUGCCCUGACACAAGGGCUCGAUGACAUUUCCGGUCCCUCUGAUUAAAAACCAGUAGAUUUUAUUGCAAUAAACCUUAAAAACCGGGAAUUCGCGUUGAUCCAGAGCAGGAACACCCGCCCAAAUACCACGGCAGUGCGCGCGCCCUCGGCCGCCGGAUCCUCCCCUUCCAAUGAGACUUUGUGACUGUGUCUACCAACUCUCCUAUGAGGACACCCGUGGGCUGCAGGCAGCUGUUCCGUUGUAGGCUCUCCCUCCCCUCUCCCACUCACAGCCCUGCUGGAAGACUCACCACUACCAUUGGCAGAGCAGGAAAAAGCCCUACAACUACCUUAAAGGAUUGAGACUAUGCGCAGACUUUGCCUUUCCUAGCCAUCACAACUAAAUCUGGCGACACCAGACACCAGUCUUAACGAGAAUGGAGUCGGUGAAACAAAGGAUUUUGGCUCCGGGAAAAGAGGGGAUAAAGAAUUUUGCUGGAAAAUCCCUCGGACAGAUCUACAGGGUGUUGGAGAAGAAGCAGGACACCGGGGAGACCAUCGAGCUGACCGAGGAUGGGAAGCCGCUGCAGGUGCCGGAGAAGAAGGCGCCGCUGUGUGAUUGCACCUGCUUCGGCCUGCCGCGCCGCUACAUCAUAGCCAUCAUGAGCGGCCUGGGCUUCUGCAUCUCCUUCGGCAUCCGCUGCAACCUGGGCGUGGCCAUCGUGGACAUGGUCAACAACAGCACCAUCCACCGUGGGGGUAAAGUCAUCAAGGAGAAAGCCAAGUUCAACUGGGACCCGGAAACCGUGGGGAUGAUCCACGGGUCUUUCUUCUGGGGUUACAUUAUCACGCAGAUUCCCGGCGGAUACAUCGCGUCCCGGCUGGCGGCCAACAGGGUUUUUGGAGCUGCCAUCCUCCUCACCUCCACCCUCAACAUGCUGAUCCCGUCUGCAGCCAGAGUGCAUUAUGGAUGCGUCAUCUUCGUUAGAAUAUUGCAGGGACUUGUGGAGGGUGUCACCUACCCAGCCUGUCAUGGGAUCUGGAGCAAGUGGGCCCCUCCUUUGGAGAGGAGUAGGCUGGCUACCACCUCCUUCUGUGGUUCCUACGCUGGAGCUGUCAUUGCGAUGCCUUUAGCAGGAAUUCUCGUGCAGUACACUGGCUGGUCUUCGGUAUUCUAUGUGUAUGGAAGUUUUGGCAUGGUAUGGUACAUGUUCUGGCUUCUGGUGUCCUACGAGAGCCCUGCGAAGCAUCCCUCCAUCACAGAGGAAGAACGGAGGUACAUAGAGGAGAGCAUUGGGGAGAGCGCAAACCUACUGGGCGCCAUGGAG